GGCAUUGCAAGGAGAUACAUCUGAAGCUCAUGAACUUUAUCAAGAAGGGGUGGAGUUGGAAAAAGGCAGCAUCUUUGGGAAUAUGGCAUUGAGUUGGUUUAACCACGACAUUAAGAAUUAUGAUUCGGCUUUGGAGUAUGCAAAGAAAGGUAGAGAUUUGACAAACAAAUACAACAAGAAGACGGGUUCCAAAUUGGAUAGGGUUUUACGAUCUUUUGAACUAUGCAUGGCAAAUUGUUAUCUAAACAUUGGUGCCAAAUUUCAUGAUGAGGCGAUGUCAAUAUAUCAGAAAAUUCGACAGAAAGAUUGUAAUAACAUGAUGGCUCUUCAUGGGAUUGGUAAAAUACUAUCUGCGCGGGGGAAAUUUGAAGAGUCAAUCAAAGUGUUUGAAGAGGCUCUCGAAUUGGAUACGAGGGAUCAUAUUUCAAAAAGCGAACUCGCGUGGAUUUAUUUCUUGUUGGAAAAUUAUGAAGAAGCAAUUCAGUUGAUUUCUGAAGCGAUUGAAAUAUGUGAUGGCAGCGCCCUUUAUCAUUAUCAAACCUCGAUUAAUGACUUCGCGUAUGUUCCGCUGGAUCAUAAUUCAACAGGAGAGAAUCGGAGAGAUAAGAAAUAUGCUUAUUCGCAAUUUAUUUCUUCGCUUAAGCUGGAUGUCCAAUUUUCCAAGUCUUUCACCUAUCUUGGUCAUUAUUAUCGUUUGAUUGAGAAAAAUCCUGUGAAAGCGAAGAGUUGUUACCAGAAAGCUAUUUCAAUUGAUGCACAGGAUGAGGAAGCGGGAACACAAUUAGGUGAGUUUUAUCGAUCCAGUGGGGAGAAGGACUUGGCCCUUGGAAUAUAUCACGCGGCCAUUCAGGCGAAUCCUCGAGCUGGAUGGGCGUUGAGGCAGUUGGGAUUUUUCAAAUUGGCCGAUGGAAAUAAUGCGGAAGCUAUAACUGAUCUUCAGGACGCUCUAAAAAUUGAUGCAAAAGAUGUCAGUUGUUGGGAAGGUCUUGCGGAUGCUUACAUGCGCGAAGGUCGGUACACAUCUUCAAUGAAAGCUUUUGCUCGAGCAAUUGAACUGGAUCCAUCGUCAGUUUACGCUCAUUUUCAGAUUGCAAACAUUAAGCAAAAGUUGGGUAUGUUCGAUGAGUCCAUCGAUCAAUACAAGUUGACUAUCGAGAAAGCACGAUUAAAAGGUGAUCAGAGUCACCUGCCAUCGGCAAAAGGAAUCGGUGAUUGUUACUUGGCGUCGGCGAAAGAAUAUUUUUAUUCCGGAUUCUAUGGUCGAGCAGCUGAGUUGCUAGCUGAUGGUUUGUUGAUAAUGGAUCAGACGGUUAAAGAAUAUCAUGAACAUAUAUGUCUUUGGAAGUUGAUAGGGGAUCUUUGCAUGACCGCAACUUUACUACCAAACUAUCUACAUUUGAUGCCUUUGGAUUCCAUAAAGAAUUUAAUCGGGAUCUCUAGACGUUUAGACCUUGAUGAAAAAUUGCAUUUACAUAAAGAGACCGAUAAAUUUGGCUUAAAUUUGUGUGAAAAUUCUGAUGCCGAUAACAUUUUGAAUUUGGAUUUGAUCUUGGUGCUUCUUACUUGUGGGUGUUUCGCAUAUAAGUAUGCCAUUGUACUUGGUGGAAAUCGCCCAGAUACCGCACCACCAUUAUGGUACGACCUGGGUAUUACAUACUAUAAAAUUUUUGAGAGUUAUUCCCGGAAGGACGAGGCUUCAGAUAGUUUAUUAUCAUCAGGUUACAUAAAUGCGGCGGUUAAAUGUACCAAGAUGGCUUUGAAAUUUGAACCUACAAAUUCCAAUUUUUGGAACGCUCUUGGAAUUAUUACGAUCUCGGUCAACGCAAAAAUCAGUCAACAUGCUUUUAUCAAAGCGAUCAAGUACUCUCCAAAGAAUCCGAUGAUAUGGGCAAAUCUUGGAUUUUUGUACUUAAUACAUUCGGAUUUAGAGCUUGCGAAUCAAGCAUUUUUAAAUUCUCGUUCACUCGAUCCGGACUAUCCGUUGGCCUGGGUCGGGUUGGCACACGUCGCGAAUCUUUGGGGAACUGACGAGGCACCAGGAUUAUUUGAACAUGCAUACGAAAUUAGUGGCGGCCAUGUGCUCGAUGCAGAUUAUGGCUUUGCGUCUCUAGCAUUUUCACAAUAUAAGAAAUCUUCAACCUUUCAUAAAUCUUCGUUAAUAUCACCACUGUUUGCCUUGAAAAAACUUGUAGAACAAGAUUCCAAUGACUCGGCAUCGUUAAAUCUACUGGGUCUAUUAUACGAAUGGCUCGAUCAACCCCAGAAAUCCGCGGAAUCCUUUAAUGGUGCAAUCAUGGCUCUUGAACAAAAAAUUCGCCAGCUAGAACAGUUGGCCUCAGUUCAAUAUGAUGAGGGAGAUGAUGAGAAAAAUUUGUUAUCCUCAAAAUUGAAUCCGUUUAUCAAAAAGCUUGCAUACGUACAAGGGAAUCUGGGAAGAGUUCUUUGCGGUGCGGGAGAUUUUGACCAAUCAAUCAAGGCUUACAUUGAAGCAUUGAACCUAAUCGAGAGGCAAGAAGAUUCCGAAUCCUUGUCAAUGAUGUCAUUCAGGAUCUACACUAUUUUAGGAGCAGGAUUGGCAUAUUAUUUUAGCGACGAUUUAGUUAACUCAUUAAAAAUGUUUGAGGACGCACUUGAAAAGACCGAGGGCGCCAUGCAAAUGUUAGAACAGAAACGGAGUUCUGAUGACAUUUAUGGAAUCGGUGAAGUGAGAAAGGAUGUUGCAGUUUUAUUGUCGCAAGUUCUUUGGGCCCUGGAGGGAGAAGAGCAGAGGCAAAUGGCGAGAGAGGAACUAUUUAAAUGUAUCGAGGAAAAUACGAAUCAUCUUCCCGCAAUGUUUGGAUUGUGUGCCAUGGGUUUAUUACAAGAUGAUCAAACAUUGAUCGAAGCGACUCUAACUGCGAUGAAUAAUUUGCCCAUAAAAAUUACUGACAAGCUCGAUAGAAAUAGGGAUGUUAAUUUUUUGCGUAGUCGAUAUUUCCUAUUACAGGGUUCUAUUGAAGAAGCAACGGAUUCUCUAUCCAAGGCGGUUCUACUCAAACCCCACGACCUUAUAAAUUGGACGAGCUUAUCUUCUCUUCUCGUUUCAACCACCACACCGGUUGCGUCGGUUUCUAUAUCAAGUACUGCCUUGGAAUUAAUUUCUAAUCCACGAUCUUCUGCGGCCAAGAAUCUUCAAAUAGAGGAAAA